AACAAAUGUAAACGAAAGUGACAAAACUUGGAAAGAUGUGAAAGUGUCGGAGAAUACUAUGUAGUUGCCAAGUGGCAGGUAAUAAAACAUUACCUACAGAAGUGUGUUUUAUUUGGAAAUUGGAAAAUUACUACCAAAGAUGACAAAAAGUAAGAAACGGCUAAAGGAAGAGCUGGUGGCGAAAGCACAGGCCACUGUUGUUGAGGAACGUCUAACAACGACAAACGACGCUUAUACACAGGGUGCCUUCUGCUACCUCCGCUUGCUCACACACACUAUAGGAUUACUGCAAUUUGCCUAUGGCAUCUACUAUCAUUGGUUCAAUGUGCAUUGGCCGCAGCACUUGCAGGAUGAGGAAGAGUUGAAAACGCGUUGGGGUGGCAAAUUUAAAUAUCUCACAUUUCUCGAUGUGAUAGUGCAAGCUCUUUAUCAUCUAGUGGCGUUACUUAAUGAUAUUAUGGGUUCUAAUGCAGUGGGACCGCCACGUACAAUGCCUGGAAUCCGUAAACUUCGUGAUUAUAUGUUUGCUGCAUGGGCUUUUCCCAUCGCACAUAAUGUAUGCAUCUCUUUUUGGGUUAUAUAUGCUUACGAUCGAGAACUUAUAUUCCCAUCAGCGCUAGAUGCAAUUUUCCCAAACUGGCUCAAUCAUAUCGUUCACACCAAUGUGGCUAUGCUCGGCAUACUCGAUAUGUUCACUUGCUUCCGCCAGUACCCCAGUCGUACUGCCGGCCUCACUGGCACUAUUGCAUUUAUGGUGCUGUACCUUAUUUGGAUGCACAUUGUACGUUUCUUUUCGGGUCAUUGGGUAUAUCCACUGCUGGAAGUUCUUAAUUUACCUAUGCGCUAUUUUAUGCUCAGCGCCAUGCUAGCUUUUACCGUAUGCUGCUAUUUCCUUGGUGAAUUUCUGAACAAUACUAUUUGGAGUCCAGAACUACGUUUGCUGAAAAUUAAAAACGCCAAGAGUGAAUAAAUGGAAUCGAUAAGAAUCUGCGCAAGUCGCACAUCUGUAAAAACAACAACAAUACAUACAGUUUUACCACUGCAAAAUCUAGCUUUAAACAACGAAAGUGUUGAUGUAUUAUGAUUUGAGUACUUUUACACAGUACCGUAAUCAUUUAUGUAUCAUUUUUAUUGACAAUUUUGACAUUGUAUAAUUUCAUAAAUACAAUAGAAUCCUACGUUUAAAAAUGUUCAAAAAAUCUUAAGGCACUAAUAACUAUUUCUAUAUUUGAGCUUUCUCGUUGAUUUCAUGCAGUAAUUUAAAUAUAUAGAAAAAUUUAUAAAAAUA